UACACGUCGCGUGGGAAAUGUAGUAGCUGUCACGGCCGCCAGCGGGAGGAUGGAUGCGUAACAGGACGGAUCGAGCCAGCUGUGGCCUGCUUCUAACGGCAACAUCUGGCCGGGUCAGAGAGGGCUCGUCAGCAGCCAGCCGGCUCUGGACUACAGCGAGGAGAUGGAGGAGGGGGAAGGGCCCAUGGCGGUCAGAGAGGGGCAGAGCGGUCACGGCCUCCCACCGAACGCCAGCAGCAGCACCACCACCAACAACCUCCUGGCUUCUGUCAAAGAGCAGGAGCUUCAGUUUGAGCGGCUGACUCGGGAGCUAGAGGAGGAGCGGCAGAUCGUGGCGAGCCAGCUGGAGAGGUGCAUGCUGGGAGCUGAGUCACCAGCGGGAGACAGUAGCAGCUCAUCCGAGAAGUCGUUUGCAUGGAGAUCUGCAGGUGGAGAGUCGCAGGGCGGAGUCCCGAAGGCGUCUGGAUGUCCGGGACGUCCCCUGGAGGCGGAGGACGGACUCUACAUGCCUGAACCGGACCGCGCCUCCCUGCAUGACAGUGAGGGCUCCGGAGGCCACUCGGCUCAGAUGACCUCGUAUUCAGACAGCGGCUACCAGGACAGCAGCGUUAGUUUUUACAGCAACCAAAAUGUGGUGCGUUCGGAGCCCCGGGCCUCGCUAUCGAGAAGCCCGAGAGCCGAGGGUCAGGCCUCUGGGCAGGUGUCUGGCAGGGUGUUACGGAGGAUGGCCUCCCUCCCUUCCAGGAGCCAGUCUCCCGGUUGCGGCACCGCCGGCACCGUAUCCCCCUCCCGCAUCUCCCUGCGAACGUCCCAGGGCAGCACCUACGACUCGCCCAUUCUCUCGGAGCCCAAACCUCUGGCCGCCGUGUUCCCCGGCACUUUCAUGCCGCCCGCCUGCCCGUCGCCGACCUCUCCGACAGACGGCCCCCAGGCCCCGGGCGUCGGGUUGGUAGGAGGCCGGGGGCGCCUGGGCUCCACCCUGUCUCUGGUGGAGGGGAGGUGUCUGACGGGGUCCCCGCUGCGCUCGGGGAUGACGGCCGUGCCGCAGCACUACGGCUCCACGCUGCCCCGGCAGAGCCAGCCGCUGGCCUACGGAGCCGACCCGUACGGCCUGUACCAGAGCACCGCGCUGCCCCGUCCCGACAGCCUCAUAGGUCUUCACAGUUCUUACGUCGGUCAGGCGGGGCAGAUGGAUUCAGAGCUGAGGGCAGCGCUGUCUCCAGACUGCCACAUGACGCCCGUGUUCGAUGAGCGCUCCUUCCACAGCCCCCUGUACCACAGCCCCACCCACGACCCCCAGGGCUCGCUCUACAGGACAAACACAGGUAUGGCGACCCUCCCUCGGGCCACGAGCCACUGUGGCACGCUGCCGUACCAAAGAAGCAGCUACGGGCUGAGCACCGCGGCUCUGUUCGUCGACUCCUACGGGGUCUCCGGCGAGCCCGUCUUCACCCACCGCCACUCGGGACUGGUGGAGCGGGUGGUCACACGCACCCCGUCCAUCGAGAGCAUCCAUAAAGACCCCAGGGAGUUUGCUUGGCGUGAUCCCGAGCUGCCGGAGGUCAUCCACAUGCUGCAGCAUCACUUCCCCUCUGUCCAGGCCAACGCCGCCGCCUACCUGCAGCACCUGUGCUACGGAGACAACAGGGUCAAGGUGGAGGUGUGUCACCUGGGAGGGCUCCAGCACCUGGUGGACCUGCUGGAUCACAAGCUGACCGAGGUCCAGAAGAGCGCCUGCGGGGCCCUGAGGAACCUGGUGUACGGCAAGGCCACCGACAACAACAAGGUGGCGCUGAGGAACUGCGGCGGCGUGCCCGCCCUGCUGCGCCUCCUCCGGAAAACAACCGACAACGAAGUCCGCGAGCUGGUCACCGGCGUCCUGUGGAACCUCUCGUCGUGUGACGCGGUGAAGAUGACCAUCAUCCGCGACGCUCUGAGCACGCUGACCAACACGGUGGUCAUCCCCCACUCGGGCUGGAGCAGCGGCGCGCACCGCGACGAGCACAAAGUCAAGUUCCAGUCCUCGCUGCUGCUGCGGAACACCACCGGCUGCCUGAGGAACCUGAGCUCAGCAGGGGAGGAGGCGAGGAGUCAGCUGCGUUGCUGUGAAGGUCUGGUCGACUCGCUGCUUCACGUCCUUAAAGCCUGCGUCAACACCUCCGACUACGACAGCAAGAUCGUGGAGAACAGCGUGUGCACCCUGAGGAACCUGUCCUACCGGCUGGAGGUGGAGAUGCCCUCCUCUCGUCUCCUCUGCAACCCAGAGCUGGACACCCUGCUGGGCUUCUCCUCGCCGGCCAAGGAGCUGGACUACCUCUGCUGGGGCAAGAGGAGGCGCGGCCGGAAGAGGGGCGGCUGGCCCGACGACAAGUGGGACGGCGUGGGGCCCAUCCCGGGUUUCUCCCAGCCUCUGAGGGGGGCGGAGCUGCUGUGGCACCCGGUGGUGGUGAAGCCGUACCUUAACCUGCUGGCCGAGAGCUCCAACCCCGCCACGCUGGAGGGCGCUGCCGGCUCGCUGCAAAACCUCUCCGCCGGCAACUGGAAGUUCUCGGCCUACAUCCGAGCGGCGGUGCGUAAAGAGAAAGGUCUGCCCAUCCUGGUGGAGCUGCUGAGAAUGGACAACGACCGGGUGGUCUGCUCCGUCGCCACCACCCUCCGCAACAUGGCGCUGGACAGCCGCAACAAGGAGCUGAUAGGAAAGUACGCCAUGCGGGAUCUGGUGAACCGGCUGCCCGGCGGCAGUCCGACGGCGCUGUCGGACGAGACGGUGGCGUCGGUCUGCUGCACGCUGCACGAGGUCACCAGCCGCAACAUGGAGAACGCCAAAGCUCUGGCCGACAGCGGAGGCAUCGAGAAGCUGGUGGACAUCAGUAAAGGACGGGGGAAAGGCAGGUACUCGAUGAAGGUUGUGAAGGCGGCAGCGCAGGUGUUGAACACGCUGUGGCAAUACAGAGAGCUGAGGAACCUCUACAAACAGGACGGCUGGAACUACACUCACUUCGUCACUCCCGUCUCCACGCUGGAGCGAGACCGCUACCUUUCCCAGCCGACCCUGCCCACCGGCCCGCUGCAGAUGUCCCCCGUCAUCCAAUCAGGUGGCAGUGCAACGUCCUCUCCGGCGAUGCUCGGGAUAAGAAGACACAGUUCAAACUAUCAGCGAGCGCAGUCAUCUAUGCAACUCGACACGUAUUACGGAGACAACAGUUUACACAAACGGCCGUUCGCAGGGUCUGAGAAGAAAACUCCGUAUUUCAUCCGGACAUAUUCUUCCCAGUCGGGAGAGGAUUUGAGAAGGUCCCAGCACACGGAGCCAUUUUACGACGAGCCCGACGGGAAAAACUACAACAGCUACCGGAUCUACCUGUCGUCCCCGCGGGGCUACGGCGACGAGCAGUACGAGGACGAACCGGCGCACCUGACCCCGUCCUCCCCCGACGGCUACGCUGGCCAGCCGCUCCAGUUCAAAGCCAACGCCAACACCAACUAUGUGGACUUCUACUCCACCACAAGGAGGCCUUCAAACAGGGCCAACAAGUUCACCGGCUCCCCCGACUCCUGGGUGUAACUAGACACAAAAUGGACACCGUAGCUGCUUCUCACGUCGCUUAAAUUGCCUCCUCGACUCCUCCACUUGCCUCCUUUCUUCGCGUCUUAGUCUUUGAGACGGCCUUCACCGAGGAGGGACGGGAACAACUUCCGGUUCAGCCGAGGAGUCGAGGAGCUAUCAGAUAAGCGACAUGAGAAGCACCCCCCCUGUUGUGUAUGUGGAGCUUCUGUUUCUGUGGGUGUUUGUGUGUGUGUGUGUGGGGUGGUGCACGUUGUCGGUGGGUGGGUGCGCUGUGUGGUUGCUGCAGGGUCCUACCAAAAUCUACCAAAUGGCUGGUAGAUUUGCUUCACUCGCCAGCCAAAAAACAAUGGUAAUCUAUUGACUUUUAUGAUUUGAUUUAUUAAGCAAAUGUGAAAAAAAACAACACGGUUACAUAUACUGUAUGACAAAAUGAAUAGAAAAAAACCAUGCAAAGGAAACCCAGAAAACCCUCAAGGGGCUUGACAUGUUAGGUUCCCUUAAAUAAUUCAACUAUUGAGUGGCUCGUCAAAUUUGAACAUUCAUUAGCCAUUUGGCUUAACAAAAAAAGUAAAUUUUGGACCCUGGUUGUGUGUGAACGGUUGAGGAUGCAUGUGAAUGUGUGUGUGCAUCUGUGUUGAAAACUGUACUUACUGAAUGACCGGGGGCUUGGUUUUUGCCAUGUGCAGCUUUUGACUAAUUUAGGCCAUGUGCACCGUAAUGCAGAUAAAACAUGAACCAUUUCUUUUACUUUACAAAACACUACUUUUAGCGUGUAUAGAGCCAACAUAUUUUCACAUGUAAAUCUGUAAACUAUGUGUUUAUUUCAACCAAAACUAGAGUUGUGAUGGUUGGAAAAGUUGAACGACGACCCAAAACGCUUUUUCACAGUUUUAUUUUGUUUCUGUCGACUUUGAAUGAAGUGUGUUUUACGAUGCUAAAAUGACUGUUUAUUUACA